AUUAAUCCCAGCAUGGGUUCAAUACUUAUUUCCAUUGUAAAAUGCGAACAAUCUUAUACCUCUUUUGAGUAUUUGAAAAUGAAAUUUUUUCGUAGAGAUCAUAAUAAAAUGUAUGCCGAUAUCAAUAAUUCUAUCAGAAAUUUUAUAAAAUCGCCACCUGAUCAACCUGAUGUGGAUCGCCUCGUGAAAAUAUGUCAGAACUUGAAAAAUUUUUUGAGGAUUAGACAAGAACAAAUAAUUAUCUAUCGUGAAAUACCGAUUUAUUUUCAAAAUGUGAUGUCAGAGAAUUUUACUGAUAAAAUAGAAGCUUGUAAAGAAAAAGUUGGGGAGUUCAAAAUAACCGAAUGCAUGGGAUCAUUGGGUGUAGGAGUAGAAAAAGAAUUGACAAUCUUAAAAUACCUUUUUAUGGGGCGCAAAGCAAUCAUUGAAUAUAAUCUUGAAGCCUCGGUCAUAUUCCUUUAUAAGGUGAAAUCACUUAUUUCUUCUUGGAAAGAAAUUUGUUCACAACAAAUAUAUUCUGAGCAAAAAUCCGAGGAAACCGGUAGCACACUUCAAGCAAUUCAGGCAUUUUUUAUAGCUCCUGAUAGGCAUGUAAAACGUGGACACAAUUCACCAAACCACAUCCUAUGGCUUGAAAAGUUCCUAAAUAAUUUGAUCUCGAAAAUGUCAUUAUAUUUUAUGCGUAUUUUUCUGGGAAGAGAGACAGCGAUGGGAGCCGAUGUAAGGUCGUUAUUGAGGAGGAUUAAUCCAGACUAUCAUUCAGCGAUUAGAAACUUUAGAAACCGACACAUUUCAUUAGUAUACGAAAUCACAGAUGAACCAUUCCAUGAAAAUGGUUAUAAUUUGGCGGGAGAAGGUUCUUUUCGUUUUAUUUAUUCAUGUGAGGACAAAAUUCCGAUGGACCAUUUGCCCAAAAUAAUAUCAAUUAUUCAGGAAAACAAUGAAAAGAAAGGGGCCUCUUUAGACAAAAGUGAACCGGUAUGCGUGAAAGAUCAAAAUGCGUGUUAUUAUUUCAUUCACGUAGAACACCAUGUUUAUUUAGUUGCUAUAUCAGAGAGAACCGAAAAAGUUGAUAGCAGUACAAUGGAAUUUAUAACAACUUUGGCUAGAAGAUUGGAUGGUACUGAG